GACACCUGCUGGAAGGGAGGGGAUUACAGGGAGUCUAUGAAGUCCUACAUUCAGCUUUUCUCCCCCCCUAACUGAAAGAGAAAGAACGCGUUUUAAAACUUUAUCAUUGAAAAAGACUGAACUGAAGGUUUGAGAGAUUGCUGAUUGAAAGAAGUUGAGGUGGAACAUAAAUAGCCGCUGGAAAGAACUCCGACAGCCACACAGCAAGAUGAAGCUCUUGCUCUUGCUCUCGGCCAUUGGGCUGUGUGGGGCUCAGUACGCCCCACACACCAAGCCAGGACGGACCUCCAUUGUUCAUCUGUUCGAGUGGCGCUGGGCUGACAUCGCCCUUGAGUGUGAGCGGUACUUGGCUCCCAGAGGAUUUGGAGGGGUUCAGAUCUCUCCACCCAAUGAAAAUGUUGUCAUUAAUCAACCUUCAAGACCGUGGUGGGAAAGGUACCAACCAAUCAGCUACAAGUUAUGUACGAGAUCAGGAAACGAAGAUGAAUUCAGGGACAUGGUGACUCGAUGUAACAACGUUGGUGUCCAUAUCUACGUGGACGCCGUGAUCAAUCACAUGUGUGGGAAUGCCGUGGGUGCGGGAACCAGCAGCACCUGUGGGAGCUACUUCAACCCUGGAACCAGGGACUUCCCCGCCGUCCCCUUCUCCGGGUGGGACUUCAACGAUGGCAAGUGCAAAACCGGCAGUGGAGACAUCGAGAACUACAAUGAUCCCUACCAGGUCAGAGACUGUCGUCUGGUUGGUCUCCUUGACCUGGCGCUGGAGAAAGACUAUGUGCGCUCCAAGGUGGCCGAGUACCUCAACCACCUCAUUGACAUCGGCGUGGCAGGGUUCAGGAUCGACGCUUCCAAGCACAUGUGGCCCGGAGACAUGAAGGCCGUCCUGGAUCGGCUGCACCACCUGAACACAACCUGGUUCCCCGAAGGCAGCAAACCCUUCAUUUACCAGGAGGUCAUCGACCUGGGUGGCGAGUCGAUCAAAAGCAACGAGUACUUUGGCAAUGGCCGUGUGACAGAAUUCAAGUAUGGCGCCAAACUAGGCACAGUUCUGCGCAAGUGGAACGGGGAGAAGAUGGCCUACCUGCGGAACUGGGGAGAGGGCUGGGGCUUCAUGCCCUCCGACCGGGCGCUCGUCUUCGUGGACAACCACGACAACCAGCGGGGCCACGGGGCCGGAGGGGCGUCCAUCCUCACCUUCUGGGACUCCAGACUGUACAAAAUGGGCGUGGGAUUCAUGCUCGCCCACCCCUACGGAUUCACACGAGUGAUGUCGAGCUUCCGCUGGCCCAGGUAUUUUGAGAACGGAAAAGAUAUUAAUGAUUGGGUCGGCCCACCAAAUAAUAAUGGAGUAAUUAAAGAAGUGACUAUUAACCCGGACACUACCUGUGGCAACGACUGGGUCUGUGAGCACCGCUGGCGUCAAAUCAGGAACAUGGUCAUGUUCCGUAAUGUCGUUGAUGGCCAGCCCUUUACAAACUGGUGGGACAAUGGCAGCAACCAAGUAGCCUUUGGAAGAGGCAACAGAGGGUUCAUUGUCUUUAACAAUGACGACUGGCCAUUAUCUCUGACUUUGCAAACGGGCCUUCCGGCUGGCACGUACUGUGACGUUAUUUCUGGAGAUAAAAUCGCCGACGACCAGUGCACGGGAAUUAAAGUCUACGUUUCUCAGGAUGGCAAUGCCCACUUUUCUAUCAGCAACUCUGCCGAAGAUCCAUUCAUCGCAAUUCAUGCUGAAUCCAAGUUAUACAAUUUGAAUUAAACACCUGUGUACCCAGAGGCAUAA